AUGGUGGCGCCCUCCUCUGCUGCAGACACGGCGCCUGCAGCAGCGACUCCUUCAACAACUGCUGCUACCACGACGACUGCCACUACUGCCAGCACACACCUUGCGGCCGAAGACGGCAGACCGGCGUUGCUUGCUUCCCACAACGCGUAUUCGCACCCUCGACCGCCGCCUGCCAUGCCCCUCCGCGAGCCGCCGCCACCAGCGCUGGGCAGCCGCACCGCCACCACCACGGUCACCGCUGUCACCGACAUGAUGAAUCCGCACCGCCAUCCCACCGCUGAUGCGGCAGAGUACUCACAGCAGCCAAAGCACCAGCAGCCGCAGCCGCUCUCCAGCAGUGUCGGCGUGUUACCAGCGUCAAAGAGCAGCAGCGGCACAGUGUCCGACCAGGCCCGUCCUGCAUCUGCGCUUGUGUCGAAUGCUGGCACUGUGCGUAUCGCUGGCGCGCUGCCUGCAGGGCCACAGCCGGCUGCAGCCGGCGCUGCGGCGUCAUCAUCUGCUGUUGCACCGCUGCUGUUGCAUUCUGCGCCAGAUCCUCCGUUGUCGGCGUCGUCGUUGUCGGGCCCUUCCGCUGCUUCCGCUGCCGCCGCUGCCGCCGCCGCCACCACGUCGUCAUCGUCUGGAACUGCACUGCCAGCAACGGCUGGCGCUCGGCCCGGCGUGGCGACACGUCCCCGAUCCCUGUCUGGCUCUUCCGCGCCUGGCCUUGGAUUCCAAUCCUCGCUCUCACCCGUCCUUUCCCCUGGUAUUGUGCAGCCGACGUCGCCAAUCCUGCCACUCACCCCUCCGACGUCCAGAGAGCAAGGCGAUGCGCCCCAACCGAGCGGUGAUCGCGUUGCUGCUCUGGCUGCGGGAGCGUCGCUGUCGUGCGAUGGAGCACGCCAGAUCGCUUCGACCUUGCCCGAAGAGGAAUUCCAAACGUUCGACACGCUCCUGCUCAACAACGACGCAUCGACAACAUCGAUCGUCUCGACAGCGGAACCGGCUGGCAUUCCAUCCAAGACGACGGGCACUGCUGUGGGCACUGGCAAAACCUUGGACACUGCCAUGAUGUCGUGGGCGUCGCUCAUCGCGGCCGACGACCAUCGCGUCCGGAGCAGGUCUGUCGAUGUUGCCAAGCCGCUUGUGAGAGCUUCGGCUGCGUCUGGCGGCUCGGAUCUCACUGCUGCAGACAAGGUCGCAUUCAAUCCGCGGCCCCGACGAUACUCCCAACCCAAUCUCUACAGCACGUCGCCAAGUCGAAAACCACGCACCGUUGACUUUUGGGGCGACGACUCGCGGGUCAAUGAUGAUGAGGAUUGGCCUUUGAUGUGGUCGCGGUCACCGAGCAUUACCCUACUAUCGGGCGCCGGCAGCGCACGACUCGCGAGCUCAGCCGAGAGCAACGAGUCUGGCGCUGGAACAUUUUCUCUCUUUGGCGGAAACUCGCUCCCGCUCGCUCCGCCGUCCCAACCUGAAAGUCCAUCCCCGCACCUUCAGUACUCUAAGAUUUCGGCAGUACAAUCACCAAAACCAGAUCACAGCAGUGGUUUACGAACGGUUGCUCCUCCCACAAGCAACAAUCCCAGCAGUAGCAGCGGCGCUUCUACGACCACGGUGGUGGCGACCCCGCCAUCGCAGCCACCUCCAUCCUCGUCGUCUGACACUGACCGCUCCUCCUCGCAGCAGCGCCCGAUUCACAUGGGCCGCCGCGCUUCCACGGGCGAUAUUCUGCUGCCAUUGCGGCGGCGUCAUUCGCUCGAGGCCUUGAAUUUUGCGUCGCUGAAAAUCAAGGACGCUGGUGCGUUUUUGCGGGCUCUGAGACUCCACAAGUACACUGACACGCUCGUGUCUGCUGGCGUAACGCUAGAAAAGCUCGUCCAAAUGGACGACGGGCAGCUGGAGGCUGUGGGAAUUGCCACCCAGGGUGCGCGGAAGCGGAUGCUCAUCGCCAUUGCCAAGUUCAACGAGUUCCGAUUAACUCGGCAACUGUCGCAGGGCAGCUUGCGAGGGAGCGUUGCGAGUGGUGGCAGCACCCAGUCACUCGGCUCUUCGCUGGGCUCAACCACCUCGAUUGAUUCCCGCCACUUGGGGUCCCAAUCAACAAACGUUGCUGAUGCGGUCCCGCCGUCUGUCGCAGCCACUGUCGUUCCGUCAGCAACCGCCAAUGGUUGUGUUAGCCCCGCUACUUGCACUACACCAGCCGCCGCACCAGCACCACCAUCAGCUGCACCAGCUGUAGCACCAGCACCGCCGACACCGGCAGUCGCAGUUGCGGGCAUGCCAAUGACGACCCCAGCACUCGCUGCUGCCUCAUCCGGCGGCGGCACCAGUGCUGCGCUCCCUCCUCCGGCAUCAACGCGAUCUCGCAUGGGCUUGGACAGCACUGUCCAAGCGCAAUCCGCUGGUUCGACCACCGUUUCGCCCCCACUCUUUGUGUCAAAGAUGACUUUGCACGUCGAUACCACUUCUGGUGGCAGUGUGCAGCGCGAUGGCGAUGAUCACGGUUCCAUUUCGACUGCAUCGACUGUGCAGACUGGUUUAUCGUCCACAGUUCAGGUAUCGCCCCAGCCCCAGCAACAACAACAACAGCAACAGCAACAACAACAACAACAACAACAACAACAACAACAACAACAACAACAACAACAACAACAACAACAACAGAUGCCCCAGCAACAACAACACGGAGUCGCUACGUCUGCUGCGACCCCCGCGGCGAACGACACCGUUUCCAGCACAGCUAAAAUACCACCACGGAAACGUAGUCUCGUGAUGCUGAGUAUCGAUGAACAGCAAGAGGAAACCGGCGUGUCCGAGCGGCCGUGGGCUUUCCCGACGACUGCUGCUGGACACUUGUCUGGACCUUCGUCGCUUGCAACGUCCAAGCGCUCGUCACUUGAGCCAACAAGUGCAGCUACCGCCGCACUGGCCGUGUUUUCGAUGGACGCGGGUCAUUCGUCGGCUCCACACUCGCCACGGGUUGGAAGCUCACUCUAUCACCAAGCUUCGCCUCGUGGCGCUGCCGGCGCGAAUCAUUCUUCGUCCGAGCACCUGGCAGGCUCGUCGACAGCAGGCUCCAUGACUGGAAGCGUGGCAGAUGGCCUCGCCACCGCCGAAGAAGAUGCGCAUUUGAUGCGCGUUCUUGGCCUCGGCGGCUCCGAGGAUGACUUGGAUGUGUCGCGCUUUACAUCGGCUGUGACGUUUGCUGCCGCUGCAGCGGCUGCUCACGAGCUGGCAGGUGGUGCUUCGGAUGAUCUCAGCAGCAACGCCAACAACAGCCUGAGCGGGAAUAGCAGUCACUAUGGCUCGUCUGCGUCGCUUUCGUCCAUGUCAAUGGGAGGUUUCUUGCCAGUGAUGAACCCCAACGUGUCUGCUGCUGCUGCUGCUGCUGCUGCUGCAAACGGUAUUAUCACCGGCGGUUCCUCCAACGCUUCGGCGCCCUUCCGACGUCGCCAUUCGCACGAUGCAUUGGGUCCCAACAUUCCGCGCACCGGGUCGCCGUCUAUGCACGGUGUUGUUUCUGGUGUUGCUCAGCAGCAACAACAGCAGCAACAACAGCAGCAACUACAACCACCACAACAGCAGCAACAGCAACAGCAUGCCUUCCUGUCGCCCCAAACAUCCUAUGGCAGUGGUCCUGCGUUUCAUUCACUCUAUCCUUCUCCAUCACCAACCCAUCUGCAAAUGUCGCCUCGGCGCGGUAGCCACUCGCAGAUUCUGCCCCACUCGCUCUCGCAUGGCACGUUCAUGCAGCAACCACAGAAGCAGCACUUCCAGGGUCCAGGCCUCGACUCGGACAACGCUCCCAGCCAUUGGACGGGCCCUCGAUCGCAUUCGGUCGAAGGAUUGUACACGUAUGGUUUGGAACAGCAUGGCGGCGGCAUGUCGGGCAACUUUGGCAGCUCGCUUGGCUACUUGUCGGGGACACAGUCGCCGACGCGAGGCCACGUCAGCAGUAGCGGCACUCCGAUGGGUGGUGUCUCCCGUCAGGGCUCAAACUCGAGCGUCAUUUUAGAGUCAGGGCUGGGUGGAGCGACGCUUGUGCCACCAUCUCAAGCGCAGCUGCUGCUGCAACAACAGCAACAGCAACAACAGCAGCAGCAGCAGCACCAACAACAACAGCAACAACAACAGCAACAACAACAGCAGCAACAGGCGUAUCCCAAGCAACGGCGUCGACACUCCAUCGCUGUCGUCAACUGUGCGUACCAAAGUCAGAUUCCAGACCUGCGAGACUGGCUCCGCAAUCUCCGACUUCACAAGUACACUGACAAACUGGUGCGGGCUGGAAUCGACUUUGAAAUGCUGUGCAACAUGACUGAAGAAGAAAUGGAAGCUGCAGGCGUCUCGACCCAAGGCGCUCGGACGAGAAUUCUGGUCGCGAUUGAGGAUUUUUUCAACUCGAUUGGCGAAAGUCCCAACCUUGGCGGCAGCAAUGUUGUCAAUGUGAAUGUGAACGCUGUGCACCCAGCGUCAAUGCAGCAGCAGCAGCAGCAGCUCAUGAUUCAACAACAGCAGCAACUGCAACAGCAGCAGCAACAGCAACAGCUGCAGCAUUUGCUCCAACUUCAGCAACAACAGCAGCAGCAGCAGCAAUUUGCAUAUCAACAACAACAGCCACCGCGCACCAUCCAUCGCGCUCACUCGAGCUUCGUGAUUGGAUAUGGAGGUGGAGGUGGCGCUGUCGGUGGCGGACUGCACAGUACACAAAUGGCGGGACCUGCAGCGCAGGCGCAGCAACUCCCGCAACAGCAGCAGUUUGCCCAGUUCUACCCGCAGCAACAACAGCAGCAACAGCAGCAACAGCAACAGCAGCAGCAGCAGCAGCAGCAACAACAACAACAACAAUACCUACAGCAGCAGUUGCAACUCCAGCAACAGCAACGAUUUGGCCUUCUUACUCCGGCAACGCGCAGCGCGCCCGGCACCACUCUGGGGUCUCCCAGCAGCAGCUUUGCCCCCGUGGCUCGACGUGGGUCGGUUGGCAACGGCGGGUCGUCACUGGGCUAUCCGUUUAGCAACAGCGAUCUGACCGUUCCUCCGCCGCAGUUUCAUUGA